AUGUUAUCAUUCUCUAUUAAUUAUUUCUUAUUUCUAUGGCUAUUAGUCAUUGUUAAUACUGAUGGAAAGAAAUACACCAGCAAAGAAAAUGUAAUAGUCUACGUUAAUAAAGUUGGCCCGUAUUCAAACCCUCAAGAAACUUAUCAUUAUUAUUCACUUCCUGUUUGUCGCCCGUCAAAAAUUGUAUCAAAAGAUUUAACAUUAGGUGAAGUUCUUUCAGGUGAUCGAAUGGCUCAUUCUUUAUAUGAAAUACAAUUCAAUGAGGAUGUCACUAAUAAACAAUUAUGUUCAUUAACAUUAAAUUAUGGAGAAAUCAAUUCAUUACGAUUAGCAAUAGAAGAAUUUUAUUAUUUUGAAUUUGUUGUUGAAGAUAUUCCAAUUCGAGGUUUUGUUGGACAAGUUGAAGAAACAAAUUUAUUUCCACAUAAACAUCAUAUUUAUGUUUAUACACAUCAUCAUUUUGAUUUUCAUGUUAAUGAUAAUCAAAUUGUUUAUGUUAAUAUAAGUACAAAAGAACAUCCACCAACAUCAAUAGAUGAUGAUGCAGCAACAUCUCUUAAACUUGAAUAUACUUAUUCAGCUAAAUGGCAUAAAACAGAAACAUCAUAUAAAGAUCGUGCAAAAUAUAUUGCUAAUACAGGAUUUUUUCCUGAAACACUUGAAAUUCAUUGGUUAUCUGUUAUUAAUUCUAUGGUACUUGUUUUUCUUCUCAUUGGUUUUGUUGUUAUUAUUCUCUCUCGUAUAUUAAAACAUGAUUUAAAUCGAAUGAGUGAUGAAGAUGAUGAUGGUUCACCUGAAGAAGAAAAUGGAUGGAAAAUAAUUCAUACUGAUGUAUUUCGUUUUCCAGUUAAUCGUGAAUUAUUUUGUUCAAUACUUGGUGUUGGUAGUCAAUUUUUAUCAAUAUUUACAGGUAUACUUAUAUUUGCUGUUUGUGGAAUGUUUACUGUACAUCGUCAUGGUUCAUUAAUGGCAUCAGGUGUUAUAUUAUAUGCAUUUACAUCAUGUAUUGCUGGUUAUAUGAGUGGAAGAAUGUACCGUCAAUUACAAGGAGAACAUUGGACAUGGAAUAUUAUUUUAACAGCAAAUCUUUUUACAGUACCAUUUUUUGUUAUUUGGUGUAUAAUUAAUACAUUUGCAUGGGCACAUGGAACAACACAAGCAUUACCAUAUACAACUGUACUUAUUCUUGCUUUUAUGUGGCUCCUUGUUGGAUUUCCAUUGACAGUUUUGGGUGGAAUAUUUGGUAAGAAUUGGUCAGGCAAUUUUGAUGCACCAUGUCGAACAAAAAAUAUUUCACGUGAAAUACCUCAAGUAGCUUGGUAUCGUACAAGUGUUGCACGAAUGUUAAUUGGUGGUUUCUUACCAUUUUCAGCAAUCAGUGUUGAACUUUAUUAUAUAUUUUCAACAUUUUGGGGUCGUGAACAUUAUAUGUUAUAUGGAAUUUUAACAAUUGUUUUCAUUAUCUUACUCUCUGUUACAGCAUGUAUAUCGAUUGCAUUAACUUAUUUUCAAUUAGCUGCCGAAGAUUAUCGAUGGUGGUGGCAAUCAAUAAUAACUUCUGGAUCAACUGGUUUAUUUGUAUUUUUAUAUGCAGUAUUCUUUUAUUUUAAUCGUUCGAAAAUGCGUGGUACAUUACAAACGUUACAAUUUUUUGGUUACACAUCAGUAGUUUGUUAUGUAUUCUUUUUAAUGCUUGGCACGGUUGGCUUUUUCUCUUCACUUCGUUUUAUUCGAUAUAUAUAUGUUAAUAUUAAAAUGGAUUAG